AUGAGGCCAGCGCUGGCCUUGCUGUCCCUGGCCUACCUGCUGCGCACAGCUGCCACCCUGAGAAUCUGCACGUUCAACAUCAGGAGUUUUGGAGACUGCAAGCUGUCCAAUGAGACCAUUGCAGGCAUCAUCGUGAACUUGAAGGCACAAUUUGACAUCGCCAUGGUGCAGGAGGUCCAUGACUCUGAUGGGAGUGCUGUCAAACUGAUAGACCAGCUCAACAGGGCACAUCUGCAGCCAUACAGCUAUGUGGUCAGCGAGCCCCUGGGCCGGAACUCCUACAAGGAGCAGUACCUCUCUGUCUACAGGACGGGUGUGGUGUCGGUGGUGAACAGUUACUACUAUGAUGACGGCUGUGAGCCCUGCGGCGACACCUUCAGCAGGGAGCCCUUCAUCGUGAAGUUUUCUUCCCCCUACACAGCGGUGCAGGAGUUUGUGCUGGUGCCCCUGCAUACACCCCCCAGCAAGGGUGCAGAGAUUGAUGCCCUCUACGAUGUCUACUUAGAUGUCAUCGACAACUGGGGGACUGACAACAUCAUCUUCCUGGGAGACUUCAACGCCGACUGCUCCUAUGUCGGGCCUCAGGACUGGCCUUCCAUCCGCCUGCGCUUCCAGUGGUUCAUCCCGGACAGUGCAGACACCACCGUGUUGUACACAAACUGCGCCUACGACCAGAUCGUGGUGAGUGGCUCUGAGCUGCAGCGUGGUAUGGUGGCCAGAUCUGCCAAGGUCAACAACUUCCAGGAGACUUUCCACCUGCAGCGUGAGGAUACCCUGGCCGUGAGUGAUCAUUUCCCGGUGGAAGUGACUCUGAAGGCUCGCUGA